UUGGUCGUUAUUUUGUCCCUGCGUCGGAAUCUUUACGGUUCGAGCUGCAAUCGGGUCAAACCAAAUGCAUCGCGGAAGACAUGAAAAGCAAUUCAAUGACAGUCGGAAAGUACCAUGUUGUUAAACCCAAUGAAGAUCACCCUUUGCCUGAUUCUCACAAGCUCACCGUCAAGGUAACGUCGUCGUAUGGGAACAGUUAUCACUCGGCGGAGAAGGUGGAGAGUGGGCAGUUUGCAUUCACGGCGGCGGAGCAAGGAGAUUACAUGGCUUGCUUUUGGGUGCCGGAGCAUUCGCCGCAGAUCACGGUGACCGUUGAUUUUGAUUGGAAGACUGGUGUCCACGCUAAGGAUUGGACUAACGUUGCUAAGAAAGGCCAAGUCGAUGCAAUGGAACUGGAGCUGAAGAAUCUGUAUGAGACUGUUCAAUCCAUUCACGAGGAAAUGUUUUAUUUGCGGGAAAGAGAAGAAGAAAUGCAGGAGCUGAACAAAGCUACGACCUCCAAAAUGUUCUGGCUGUCGUUCCUCUCACUGUUUCUUUGCCUAUCCGUAGCCGGAUUACAGUUUUGGCACUUGAAAUCCUUCUUCGAGAAGAAGAAGCUCAUUUAAGUUUGUAAGACCAUAGAUUUUCAUUUCUUAUCUUGUACUCGUUUAAGAUAUUUUGACAAAGAUCUUUGUUGAAUAUGCCUUACGUUUAAUAAUGGAUGAAGUUUGGGGAGGGAGUGAGGUAGUGGGAUACAACAAAAUGGCAAGCUCUUCUUGUUAACUAUGUAUUCCUGCUCUUGAUUUUUAAUGAAAUAUUUAUAUCUAA